AUGUCUCGAACAUCUAUUAUUCUAUCAUGUAUUUUAAUCACUAUAUUUUUAAUAAAUUUUUCAUUCGCAAGUUUAUUAUUAAUUGAUCGUAAAAAUCCAUGUCGCGCUUAUGGGAAUGCUUCAGUAUAUGAUAUUUCAAAUCUUGUUAAAACAUGGCCUAUUACUCUUGAUGGACCUGGUUUUGGUGGUGAAUAUAUUUAUUAUUGGAGUUGUGCUGGUAGAACAGGAAUAUGUGAAGAUACGGAUGCUGCUGUAUGUCAACAAAGAACAACUGAACUUGUACCACGAUGGAAUGCCGGUAAUGUUUCUCCACAAUUAUGGUUUGGUUUAUUUAAUGGUCCUGAAGUUCAUCCCGAUCUUACAUGGGAUAUAGUAUAUCCAAAUUAUCAAUCAGAUCCACAACUUAUUUAUGGUACUGGUAUUCGAGUUACAGUAAUACAUUUUAUAGUCUGGCAUGUGAACGCUAUGUUACAAAAAAGUAGGAAUAGGGAGGAUUUUCAUUGACAAUUUUUAGGAGGAUCUGGCAUGGAAAAGGAGGAAAAAAGGAGGAUUUCUGUUUUCUCGUGAAAAAAGAAAUUCUAGCCUAAUUCAAGCUCAUCAGUACUUUGAAAAGAGUAAUAAAACAUUUAAUACAAUUUCAAGAAAUAUUUAUUUAUAAAUUUCAAAUAA